AAUCAAGUCGGAAUUCCGUACAUGUCUGGACUUCAACGUGGUGCCACGGAGCAGUUCUUUCCCUCUCUCGCUCUCUCCUUUCCUUCUCCUCUUUCUUCUCUUCCCUCUCUUUCUUCUUCUCCUUCCUCUUCUUCUUUCUCAUCGCUAUCUUUCUCUCUCUCUCUUCCCUCCACCACCACUAACUGCAAACAAGCAAACAAGCAACCAUGUCUGCCACUGCUGCUGCCACCCACCUGCACAAGUGCACCGACGCUACCGUCACCCCGGUCAAGACCACCAUUCACUUCUCCAUCACGGACAAGGUCGGUGCCCUCGACGACUGUCUCGCUGCCAUCAAGGCCAUGCACAUCUCCCUCACCCGCAUCGAGUCGCGCCCAAGCAAGACUGCCGACUGGGACUAUGACUUCUUUGUGGACUUCAACGCUGUCGAUGCUGAUCAGGUCCGCCAGGUCGCAAAGUCCCUCGAGCCCCUUGCCAAGCAUGUGCACAUUGUCGGCACUGGCGGUGGCGCCGGUGGUUCUGUUGACCUGCCUGAGUCGGUCCCUUGGUUCCCUCGCAAGAUGAUCGACCUCGACACCUUUGCUGACAAGGUCCUUGAGAUGGGUGAAGAGCUCGAUUCUGACCACCCCGGCGCCAAGGAUGCUGCCUAUCGUGCUCGCCGUGCCGAAAUUACCAAGAUCGCCAAGACCUACAAGACUGGCCAGCCCAUCCCCAAUGUCGACUACACCAACGUCGAGGUCGAGACCUGGGCUGCUGUCUUUGAGAAGCUUACGACCAUGUUCCCCUCGCAUGCCUGCAGGGAGCAUCAGCACGUCUUCCCUCUGUUGAUCCAGAACUGCGGAUAUGGUCCCCACCAGAUCCCCCAGCUCGAGGUUGUUUCCAAGUUCUUGAAGGACUGCACCGGUUUUACUCUGCGCCCCGUCAUGGGUCUUUUGACCAGCCGUGACUUCUUGAACGGCCUUGCCUUCCGUGUUUUCCACUCGACUCAGUAUAUCCGCCACCACUCCAAGCCUUUGUACACCCCUGAACCUGAUGUCUGCCACGAACUCCUCGGUCAUGUCCCCCUAUUUGCCAACCCCGACUUUGCUGAUUUUUCGCAGGAGAUUGGUCUUGCGUCCCUUGGAGCAAGCGAUGAGGAUAUUGAGCGUCUGGCCACGAUCUACUGGUUCACUGUCGAGUUCGGAAUCUGCCGUCAGGGUGAUCAUGUCCGCGCCUAUGGUGCUGGUUUGCUGUCGUCGUUUGGUGAGCUUGAGUACUGUUUGAGCGACAAGCCCGAGAUUCGUCCCUUUGAGCCCGCCAAGGUUGCCCAGCAAAAGUACCCGAUUACCGAAUACCAGCCUGUUUACUUUGUUGCCGAGUCGUUCAAGGAUGCCCAGAUGAGAGUCCGUGAGUUCGCGAAUUCCUUGAACCGUCCCUUCUCUGUCCGUUACAAUGCUUAUACUGAGAGUAUUGAGAUCUUAGACUCGAAGGAGAAGGUCAUUCGCUAUGCGCAGGGCAUCAAGACCGACAUGUUGACGCUUGUCGAUGCCCUGGAGAAGCUGGCAUCUUAAAGUAGCUCCAGCGGAGAUGAUUGAAAUGGUCAACAAGUGACAACAAUCCGAUCUUACUCAGGAACUUGAAAACACUGCCAAUGUGAUUGUUCUUUCGCCUUUUUGUUAUGCAAAUGAAGUCGAUCAAAUAAACAGUGCUCCGUCCAUCAUCCUCAUUUGCCGUUCGUCAUGUCACUAGUAUCUGCGGUUUGUAUAUAACAAAUGCUGCCUGCUCAUUCUGCACAAGAACGAUUGACCAGCGGCCACG